UUGCUGCAUGUAAAGAAAUAGAAUAAAAGUGUAGCUUGGAAAGAGGGCAAGUCACUUUGUUUGCGGCAUUCGACCAACACAGUCAACCAGGUAGUGGCGGUUCUUUGCGAACGUAUCAUCACUGAAAUCAUCACCGGUGACGGGUUGGCUCUAGUGAACAUGUCAGGCAGUACAUUGCGUUACGGAGACAAAGUUGUCAUUGUGACCGGCGGGUCCAAAGGGAUUGGUAGAGGGAUUGUCAAAGUAUUCGUGGAGAAUGGAGCCAAAGUUGUAUUCUGUGCAAGAGGGGUGAGUGCAAGAGGGGGACAGGCUCUAGAGGCCGAGCUGAACAGGGCAGGGCCAGGGUCAUGCAAAUUUGUACCUUGUGACAUCUCCAAAGAGGAGGACAUCAAGAGGUUGAUUUCAGUGACAGUGGAGCAUUAUGGUCAAAUAGACUGUCUGGUCAACAAUGCUGGGUGGCGUGAGUAUCUGUUAUCAUUUUGUAUGAGAAUUGAUGUUGUUAAGGAAAUGAUAUAUCCACAAAUCAGCUGAUAGUUGGAAUACCAAUCCACGUCCAGGCACUUAUUUUUAUUAUUAUAUAUAUACUUUUUUUUACCCUCUUUUUCUCCCCAAUUUUGUCAUAUCCAAUUUGGUAGUUACAGUCUUGUCCCAUUGUCCCGAAACACAACCCCGCCAAGUCGUACUGCUUCUUGACACAAUGCACGC